GGAUAUCAGCCGCAGUCUGGCUCUCGGAGGCGCGCCGAUCAGCUGCCUUGUGCUCUAAAAAUUCGUCCGCGAGAGAGAUAUUAUAUACUUAUACACUCGAUUAUCAUCUGUAUAGACGAAUCGACGUGCAAGCGACAUGUUAAUCAAUCCAUCGCUGCAGAAGAUCUGACAUACAUAGCAUCGGGGAAAUAGAAGUUGGAGAGGAACAGGAUGCAGUGCGAGGCCGUCGUUUUCGCGGGUCGCGAUCAGCAACAUCCGUUACUCUCCUCCUCGCUGAUGUAGAUCGCGCCCAUACGGAGUUGCCUCUCGUAUAUUCGGGAAUCCAAGUUCUCUGUUUUGGAAGCAUGUUGUGCUACUCUACGCGAAUCUCAAGGGGAUUAACGUCCUCGUCUUCGUCGUCGAGUGGAUGGUGUUGUUGAGAGCAGGCCAGGAUGUCGAAACCUAGCAGCUCCAAAGAGCAGCCAGAGGAGAAGCAGGAUGCUGCUCUGGUCGCUGCCAAGAGCAACAGCCUCUUUCGCAAUGCUCAGCUGAGAGAGGCCUUCGACAACUGGCUGCACUGCAUCUGCAUCGUGACCUUUGAUCUUGAGCUUGGACAGGUCAUAGAGGCCAUCCAUCCCAAUGAUGUGGAAUUCUCGGAGCAGGAGAGAUCCAACAUUUGCUACUUGGCCUUCCCUGACUCUAACUCGGGAUGUAUGGGGGAUACACAGUACCAUGUGAGAAUUAGAAAGAGUGUCAAUGGAAAAAGCUCCAGAGAGACUCAAGCACUCAGAGAUUACGACAGAAAGUCACCCAUGUUCCUGCAGACUGAUAAAGAUUAUUAUUGGGGCUCUGUGUAUUUUCGUCAAGUCAAAGAUAAGAAUCUUCCAAGAGGCUACUUUCAGAAGAGUAUUGUAUUAGUCACAAGGCUUCCUUUUGUAAAUCUAUUUAGUGAAUUGUGCGCCCUUAUUGCUCCUGAAUUUUUUGACAGUGGAGUAAUGUGUAUGGAGAAAGUGAUCAAAGAAAUUAGCAAAUGGCCUGCUCCAAUACCUGGACAAGUUUUACAUUUGCCCUUAUUGGGUGUUCUAUUUCAGACGUACAUCCCGAAUCAUGCCUUCAAAACGGCCGUGCCGAACGUCGCGGCCACGGACUGUGCGCCCGCCAAAGCUGCGGCUGCUCGUAGCUUGAUUCUGGCCUCGGCCUACGACGGUGACAUGUUUAAAAGCCUUUCCAGCGUUGUAUCUCAUAUACAUUUGUUAUGGGAACUCGUUUUGCUAAGCGAGCCAAUCGUUGUAAUGACUAGCUCGCCUACCACGUGCUCCGAAAUCGUUCAUACUCUGACCGCAAUGAUCGCCCCACUCAAAUACUGUGCCGAUCACCGACCUUACUUUACCAUUCACGACUCGGAAUUUAAAGAAUACACGAUGGACAGCCAAAGUCCACCAGCAGUUAUUCUCGGAGUGACGAAUCCAUUUUUUGCAAAAACUCUAAGGCACUGGCCACACAUCGUACGCGUCGCCGAAAAUGGAUCAGUUGGAGAUAGCCCAAAGUACAAAUCAAAAAGAUCUGAAGGUCUCAAAGUUUUGGAUUCGAAACCUGGACUUUAUACUCAAUACAAGCCUUUUCUUCAAAAAGACAAGGCUAUACUAAAGAAACUUCUCAGAGGCGUACAAACUAAGAGACCAGGAGAGGCACAGACUGCUUUAUUAAAAAGGCAUCUUACAGAACUGACGGAAAGUUUUAUGAUUCCAUUGGAAAGAUACAUAGCCAGUCUUAUGCCUCUUCAAAAGACAAUAUCUCCUUUCAAGGCAACUCCAAUACCUCAACUUUUUAAUCCCGACGAUUUCCUGGCAACUUUAAAUAGUUCCGGCCCUCAAUUGACAACUGGAAUCAAAGGCGACUGGGUCGGAUUAUAUCGACGAUUUUUUAGGUCACCCAAUUUUUCUGGUUGGUUCCAGACAAGGUACACGGAACUCAUCAAUAAAUUACAAGCCAUUCAGCUCGAAGCCCUUUCACAAGCGGAUUUAACUGCUUGGGUCAGGGAUAAACAAGAAGUAGAGGUAGUCGACAUGAUUUUAAGGAUUCGACAAAAGUUGGAGAAGAGCAAUCUCGACGACGUACCCCUCGGAUACUCGGUUCAGGAGAUGUUGCGUGAGCGCAUCAAUGAAAUUACUCAAACCUUGCCGGAUGAUCUGCGAACGAUUCUGAAUAAAGAAUCUUGACAGUACUGCCACGGUGUCGCACUGUCCAGACAGCAGCGACAGCCAAUCUACUAUGCGAUCAAAGUGCAAGGGAGUUGUUAAUGGUAUUAUUAUAGAGCGACACCCACGUCGUUUCUCUCGCGUUUUCUAUACUCUUCCUUGAUCGCGAAUUUUAUUUCAAUUUUCUCCAUUUUUUAAAACUACCCUUCAAGUACUCUGUUCAUGUUACUCAAUUAUUGCCUUAGGGAAAAUGCAGCUUUGUGAAAAGCUCUAGAAAGAUGCAUGGAUGAUCGUUGUUUUGAUUUUAAUUUUUCUUUAUGAAGAUGAUAUUUAAAAAAAAACCAAGAUAAAUGUUAACAUUGACCAUCCUAUGUAUUUAAACGAAACUCUCAUGUAUAUAAGCAAAGGAAACUGUUGAUAAAGUCGCUAUUUUUAUACGUAUUAAAA